AUGAGAUCUGUGGCAUCCAGGCGCACGGCUGAUGCUGGUCAAUCGUCUCCGCGCAAAAGCAGUGGCACCGCUAGCCGAACGACAAGCAAGCGAACUUCGGCCCACCUUGCCGCACAGCGCCAACAGCGCGUCGAGAACCAACGGACGGGGAUACGCAAGUCUACCCGGCUGGCGGCUCGCGAAGCGCAGGUCAACUCUGCGUCGACUUCGAGUUCGGCGUCGACAGACUCAGAGUACAGUGCGCCCAGGACUCCGAAGCGCAAUGCAUACAAGGCCGUCCGUGAGGCGCGCAUUGGACAUAUAACCCCCCAAUAUCGCAUCACCAGUGAAGAUUCUAGACCCCACGCAAGGGAUGUUGCCGCGGUCGCACCGACGGGCAGCAGAUGUGCGGGGUCUGGAAAGUCCAAGGAGAAUAAGACGGUUCAAGUUUCGCAUAUCGUGGAUCGGGCGACCCCAGCAGAAGAGCUCAAGGAAUUCGAAAAAGCGUCGGGGGUCCUUUCGGAAUCUAUCAACCUUGACCAGCGGCUCAACCUCGUUCUGCUGUCUUCUGAGAUACAUAUCCCUUUCGACAAUCGGCUACUCAUCAUCAUACCCACGCGCCCCGAUCUGGAGAAACUCUAUGUCGCACUGAACAAGAAGGUCGUCAUCGGCUGGACUGGCGAAAAGGCCCCCAGGAAGAAUAAGGCCGGGUUUAUUCAUCAUGAGGAGAUCUUCCCUUUCCUUUCCCUUGGUAGGGAUUGCCGCAUGAUUCCUCUCUUGAACUGGGCCGAUGCGCCAAUCGUAAUCAUCAAGCACCUCCCGGACGGCACCACCAAGGAACGGACCAUUAGGCGUCCCUUCACGACCCCCACUGGCAGGCCGCAACUCCCCUUGGCGAAGCUGCAUGGCGGGCCUCACUUCUUCUCCUUCAAGGCCUACAAGACCCUGACGCACAAGGAUCUCGCAAACAAGGACGUGGUUCCUGCGUAUGCUAAAGAGGAUGUGAGGCUUGUUAUGAAGAUUGGGCGGAUCAUGGACGGUAUCGACGCGCCGGAGGUCGCUUGA